AUGAGCAAUAAAGAAGAGUAUCUUACGAUCGAAGAGAAUGCAUGGAGAGGUCUGGAGUACCAGAACUAUCCUACAGACUUUUUUGCUACCAUCAUUAUAGAGAGACCGUUUCUCUUGUUUUUGACGAUUCUAAUACCUUUGGCUGUCUUUGUCAUACCCCUCUCGAUUGGUUACAUUUACAUUGACUACACGGUGGGAGAAUUUCAGCUGCGCCCAGACAUAGAGGUACGUGCGUCGGCGGAUACGUUUUCGGAGACGCUUGACGCAUAUGUUUCCCGAAUAAGCGGUGCGUUUUAUUUGCGGGACCUGAUCGACAUCCAAAAACCCCGUAGCCAAAUCCGUGGUUCGCUGUGGAUGUGUUCGAUGGUUGACGUAUCCAGGCUGCAAUACUACUGCAAGGAGAAUAGACUCAGUUGUAAUGAUCUGGAUAACAUCUUGCAUCCUGACAACUUACAGUACAUCACAUCUCUGGAACGAAAUAUUGCUGCACUCGAGUCAUUCACUGAGGUCUGCUUUACGAAUAACUUGGAGUAUGGACAAAAUAGUGAUGCCUUCCCGGUUUGUGUUCCUCCCACUGGGCUCUUGCAGUACGUUUUGCCAGAGUGGAACAGCACCGAGGAGAGGUGGCAUAUGAAUGGACGUGGCAGUCAGUUGCAGGUGAAUUACUUACCAGUAUUAUUUAUGAACCCAAAUUAUGCGUGGUUUUUCGACUCGAACUUUUCAACAACGAAUCAUCGGGCGCACCUGAUUCGGACGGAGUUUACUUUGGCUUCGUCAGUAAAUCAGUCAGUACAUGAGUACAAGCAAAAGGUGAGGACUUUUAUUCGUGAUGCAUUAUGGUAUCUUAAGCGAAAUGCAAACCAUCCGUUCAUCUGGACCUUGAUCGGUGGAGAUAUUGUGGAGUCACUGAAAACUGAAGAAAAUACGCUUGGUGAGUAUAUUCGACUUUUAUUAGUGUCACUUUUCUGCCUCCUGCUGGUCUGGUGGCACAGUGGCUCAAUAUUAGUGGGAAUGUAUUCCAUCCUUCAGGUUGCUGUAACGCAUGCUGCGGCAUGUGGGAUCUAUGUACUCAUCUACCAUAAAUUGUCCAUCGUAUCGUUUUCCGCAUCGGUGUGGGUGAUGACGUUUUGUCUGCAUGGAACAUUAAGCUUUUUUGACACCUUUGUGUAUAGUGGCAUUAUGCCAACUAAAAUUCAACGCAACGACCUGAGUCUUGAGCAACGCAUUACCUUCACUAUUCGACGGAUUACGUUAUGCGUAUGGGCGUCGAAUAGUAUCGCGAUUAUCUUGUUUUUAAUCAACUUGAAGUCGGUGUCAGACUCCCUGCGGCAUUUUAGCGUUUUUAUGAUAAUCGCCCUCUUAUGGAAUUUGCACUUUAUCACUUUUAUUACCCCGGCCUUUAUCACGCUGUACCAUUACCACAUUUCGAGCAGAGAUCGUGCCCUUCAGAUGCAGGUCGAUCUGUUGAAUGAGAAGACGCAAUCCUGCAAGCGAGCAGCGCAUAUGUCAGGCAUACUUAAAGCUAUACAGCCUAUGACAAUGACAGGGAAUGGCAAACGAUCGCUAGACAAGGAUCGGAUCCUGGUCGACACCACAACGAGUAACACCAACAACGAUAACACUACUAACAAGAGGCAUCAUCAGAUACGUUUUCAUGCCAAGAGCCGAGAUACGUGGCGGAUUUUUAUUGAUAAAGUGAUAUCCAUCAAAGAAGAUUUGUUCAGCAUACUGCUCAAGCCGUACUGUAAGACGUCUCAGACGUUUGUGGGAAAGAAAUGUGACGCUUCAAAACCAAGAGCUUCGGAGGAAGCGUUCCCGAUGGAGGACUACGCUUCUGCCUGCAGAAGCGUAGAAUUUCAUACUGGGCCGCAAGCCCAAUACUACAACCGGCGGAUGCCGCUGUAUGCGGACGUUGUGCACGUGCCGCGUCAGUACACCGAACGUUCCCAGGAGUGCUGGAGGGUGAUAUCUACCGUGAUAACUCAGCAUGGGAGCGUGGAGGAACCUCGCGUUGCGCCGCUCCCACAUUGCGGCCACAACAUGUCAUCUGACGUGCGUGCGUCUAUCCGGUCCUGGCGUGCUGUUGCGGAAGCACUCGAUGUGAAAACUCGCGGACCAAGUAAAUUGGCCGAUUUAUUACCCCUGGUAGCACGGUCCGUGGUGCGUGCACAAGAUACACGGUACAUUGUUUUCAAUUCGGGGGAAGAUGCCAGCAGUAACGUGGAGAGGGAGUCCACAGUAAAUUGUGAUCUCGACAAUCGCAAGGACCAGUCGUGCUUCUGCACGCGGUGGUUUCAUUCAUUGAAAAGGUCUGGUGCAAACUCUGAUGAAACUAACGAAAAUAAUGAAAACUCAUCUAGAACGCUUUUCAAGGAGCGAAGACGUCGGCAUUUUAACUCUAAUAUGAUGCAUAAGCGUCGCUUCACGCUUUUUGAGCGCUUUAUCGUAAAGGUGUACGUGCCUAUUUUGCACUAUAUUCGCUGGUUCGCGUUGCUGGCUUUCAUAUCGCUACUUGUGUUUGUGUGUGUAUUUGGCUUACGCAUUGACGUCGCUGGGUUACCUACCACGCUUCUAAAGAACCCUCAUGGACCCUCUGAAUCAUUCGCGAAGCUAGAUGAUGCCUUUGGUCACCGUGGUGUGUGCACGUUUUGUGGGCCCUAUUACAUGCCACUGGGUUUUUACAAAACAGCGACCAAGCGGGAUAUCGAGCUCUGUAAAACCAAGUACAUUCACCCUCAGAUAAACGCGCAUGUUGACAGGUGCGAUGUGUGUGACGGUCAAGAUGAGUGCAUGGAUUGCGCAGGCAAUCCUAAUGGCAUACGCGUACUCCAGUGUGGCGGAUGCGAGCUUCCUUUCCUUCCGUCAUGCAUCACCAGCGUGGCCCGCAACGGCACCUAUUGCGAAUGGAGUCAGGGUAAAAAGAACUUUUUCGGCUAUAACUGCAGCGUGGAGUGCAAUGCGGAGAAAUGUGGCCCAAACGGCAUAUGCGACAUGCACACUGGGGCUUGUAUUUGUCAUGAAGGCUUCGCGGGUGACCGGUGCAACGAGUGUGCUGAAUGGCUUUUGCCCAUCAAGUUAAAUCCGCAAUGUACUUUAGAAUGCAACUUGACGAUGAACACAGAUGAAUGCGCAUGCAACUUAAGCAUCGGCAGGUGCACUAACUGCUCCAAAGGCCAACGUGGGUUUGCUUGCAAUUAUUCCAAGUCUAAUUGUGGACCUCAUAGGGUGUACGAUCCGGUUAACGAUACAUGUGUGUGUGAGAAUGGUUGGUCUGGUGCCAUGUGCGACGUAGCGGCGAAGUGUAGCAUGCGUGGGGUGUGGCUAGAGGCGGAGGAGUCACCAACGAUGACGGCGACGUGCAUGUGCAUAGGGCAUUGGCGUGGUCGAACUUGUCAGCUAUGUGACUGUCUGAACGGCGGGAUGUGCGAUGUGAAAACUGGUAAGUGCAUCUGUGAGGGCGCGUUUGUCGGCGAGCGAUGCCAGACGUGCAGUGCGGAAUGUAUACAGCAUGGGGUGUGUCCUACUGUGGAUAGGUCAGGUUUGAAUAUCCGAGCUUGUGUGUACGAGAAAUGCCCUCAAGAAUAUCAGUUAUUGGAGACGUCUUGCUCGAUGUGUGCCUACAAACCUGAGCAUUCAGAGAAGUGUGCUGGAUAUAAGAGCGCAGACACUUGUAGUAUGCAUUCAGAGUGCUGGUGGGACUGGAAUAUGUGUAUCAGUGCGUACUCGUAUAACAGAUUGCUUAAUGAGUCAGAUUGUAAGUGUCACAACUCGCUUCUGUGGUCUGGCAAGAAUUGUGAAAAAUGUCUUGCUCCGCCCGGUGCGACAUGUGUGGGAAAUGAAUAUAUAAGGGGAUGCAAUGGGCAGCUGUAUUGGUUACCGACUCAUACGGUAAGCGUAGAUCAGUGUGGUGUCUGCGGUGGGGAUGGCAAGUGCCGAGGGUGCGAUGGAAUCCCAAACAGUGGUGCAGUUUAUGACAAGUGUGGAGUGUGCUCUGGAAACAACGAUUGUGACACAGAGCAAGAUAUUCGCCCUUUUUUUGUGAACUAUUUAAUAGACUUUACACGCGUGUCCAAUAUUACUGCAUUGAAUAUGAGUAAAUACGUCCUACCUUUCUGUGCGGCCGCUAGGGAACAAUUCAUGCGUACGAAGAUUCCUCCUUGUUUCAUGGAGGACUACUUGAGAGGUGCAGCUGAUCGGGAUACUGUAAAGUCUCUGAGUGAUCUGUACACUUAUGCUGUAGCCAAUGGUCGCAUGGCGGAAGUUAUCUUUGAAACCAAUUCUAAUUCUGAGCCAACAGCACUAACACACAUGAUUUAUCGAUUCUCGUUGCCCUCUGUGCGGACCGCUUACGCGAGCAACGAAUCCAUUUCAUAUGUGAACCUUGCCAAUCCUGAGAGCGUCUUCAGAUUCUACAAUGCACUUCAGAAAAAUAUUGUCCAUGUCUUCCAACCCUUACUAUCAGAGGUUAAUAGCAGCAUUCUUGUAACCUCCCUACCGUUUCAGUCGGCUGUCUCUUUUGUGUAUUCGAGGAGUGGUCUUUUGGUUACGGUGUGCAUUGGUGUGAUGGUGUGCUUUCUAGCGUUGCUGAUUUUUUCUGCCAGCAUGAUGAUAGCGCUUGGCGGGGCGAUGGUUGUAACGAUGGUUGGAUUUGGGACGCUAACGAUUUGUUAUUUUUGCGGUUGGAGGUUGGAUACCGUGAUGUGUAUGUGUGUCUCGAGUACAAUCCCAGUAAGCAUGGAAUACGUCGUCAAUAUAGCAGGUGAGUACACAGAUUAUUUGAAGUCAACUACUUCCCACCUCUUCGCGCGCGGGGUGUCGCGGAGGACCGCUCUAAGGGUAUCCAUGCUCCAAUCGCUUCCGUCAUUUUACACGAGCCUGUUCUCUGUCUUGGUCACCUCCUUUGUGUUCUCUACCUCGAAUUUGAUUCCUUCGGAGCACUCGGGUCAGGUAUGUGCGGUGAUGCAUGUAGUGCUACUUUUUGCAGUAACGCUGUUUUCUGGCACGCUCCUGGCAGUGGGACCGAGAAAAUCUUUCCAUCAUUGGACUGUGUCGAUUGCGCUGACACUCUUGAUUUUACCAUUAGGCGCCACUUUUGUUUCUUUAUGCAUUUAUUUUAGAUCAUACUUCUGA